UUUUCCUUCUUCCAGCAGCCCGGAGAGGUAGAAGUCGGCCAGGACGGCUGGAAACUGAAGCAACGACUGCACCAGGACUCCGAGCAUGGAGCCUAUCACGUCGUGGAGCGAGGAGAGAGUCAGCGAGUGGCUCCAAGGUCUCGAUGCUCCCCUGCAUCAGUACCCGGUCACAGAGUGGCAUUUAUCAGGUGUGGAUCUGCUACAGCUGACCUCUCAGGACCUGGAAAAGUUGGGAGUGCACAAGAUUGGACACCAGGAGCUCAUACUGGAAGCUGUGGAGAAACUCUGCUGUCUGACGUAUGGUAUAGGUGGUGAGAACCUACGCAGUCUGACGGAGAAGCUGCGUGCUGUUUCCCACACCCUCCAGAUGGGCAUCCAGGGCCGCUGGCGCCUCAACAGCUACGAUGGACGCAGCACCACCAAGCUGUCUGCUGGUGUUCUGCAGGUUGUAGUCGAGCUCAUCACCUCCGCCAAAGGACUCUUCUCUUUGCUCAACAGGUAUCAGUUUUUCCAGCUCAGUGAAUACACCACUACAAAGAACAUAUUCAGCUACUGCAAAGAGCUGGGAGACAUCGUCCACAAGGAUACCACUGUUUUCGAAAAGGAGAAGGACAUCAUCUCUGUGUGCCGUCAGUUGGUGGCGGUGUGCGACGAGAUCCUGAGCUCCAGCCCAGAGGUGCUUCUUACCCACACGGCUCAGCUCGAGAGUGUCGACCUGGUGCCCGUGUCACCUGGUGAUCAGCUGGGGAUUGAGAUAACGUCCACUGGCUCCAGUAACCACUACGUGACUGGAGCUGCUGCUGAGCCUUCCUCUGAUGUCUAUCUGAAAAUAUUGGCUGGUGAUGAAGUGAUUCAAGUCAACAACCAGAUAGUGGUGGGCUGGAGCAGAGCGAAUCUCGUGAAGAAGCUGCGGGAGAAUCCCAGCGGAGUGACUCUGGUCCUGAAGAAGAUUCCUGGUUCAGUGCAACAGGGACAUCCAGUCCAGCUCUCCUCCACACAGAAGGAGGAAGAGGAGAAAGAAGAGAGGUCAGAAGAGGAAGAGGAUAAGGACGAGGAGGGGAAUCAGAGGCACUCCAUAUUUGAGAGGGUAGCAGCUUCUGUCAGGUCCUUGUCUUUUAGGAGAGCCAUUCAGGGGCCAGAGGUUCAUCAGCAGCCUAUGGGACAGGAGGAAUCCGAGUUGGCCUCUGACAAGGAGCUGGAGGGAAGUCUGACUCUAACGUCAUAUCAGAACCAACCGGGGAGGCUGUCACCACUGCCAGCCUCAGGGGAGUUUGGGAGUUCAAGACUUUCCCCCACACUGAGACGCGACCGGUCACUGUCACCCAGAAGUCCCUCUCCCCUGGCAUUUGAGUCAUUCAGAAGUCCUUCACCUCAGGGAGUCAACCAGGGAAGAGCUAGCGUAAGCUCCUGUCCUGAAAUGGUGGGAGACAUGGGGAAUAAAGACAGAGAAAAGAGCUCUACAAAAGGAAUGUCGACGGCUAUGAGUCGGCGUCGUGUGUCCUGCCGUGAGCUGGGUCGACCCGACUGCGAUGGCUGGCUGUGGAAGAAGAGGAAGGAGAGCAAUGUCUUCCUCACCCACAAGUGGCAGCGCUUCUGGUUCGUCCUCAAGGGGCCUUCACUUUACUGGUACUCCAGCCAGCAGGAUGAGAAGGCAGAGGGUUUUAUGAAUAUAGCCAGCUAUAACAUAGAGAGCGCCGGAGAGCACAAGAGAAAAUACGUGUUUAAGAUGUGCCACCAACGAUUUCAGAACUUCUUCUUUGCUGCUGACAAUGUCAGUGACAUGAGCAAGUGGAUUAACUGUCUGAUUGCAUCCAUACACAAGCAUAAGAAGUUAAACAAAGGCCCAGAUAAUGAGGAAGAGUGUUACAGCGAGACUGAAUCAGAAAGCGAGAGAUCGCCUUCACCCCGCAGAAGAAACAAAGUCGGCACAAAAGUGCAGUCCAACACCCUGCCUCGCCCCAAGGGGAAGACGAACAAGGUGCCAUUAACGUGUCCGUCAACAGGGGGCAGCAAAGGAACAGGAGGUCCAGUGGAUGAGAUGGGCAUGAUGUUAAACAACAUAAAGGAAGGAGGAGUUUCUCUGAUUGGCCAUGAGCAGCCAUUUACGCACGACCACUUCAGGAAAUCGUUCAUUCGACGCUGCAAGAAUCCUGUCAUCAAUGAGAAAGUGCACACUCUCCGAGCCCUGCAGAGCACCCUUAAGGCCAAAGAGGCGGAGCUGCUACAGAUCAACAAGAUCUUAGAGGACUCUGAUCUGACAGCUUCAAAGUAUCGUCAGUGGAAGGAGCACAACGAGGAAUUAGUUCACGAAAUCGAAAGAGUGGCUGCUUCCAAAGGAGGGGACGGCGCGGCGGUGCAGGACCCGCCCACCAAAGAGGUUGCCUUGGAAACAGCCUCUGCAGAGACAGAAGGUGCAUACAGGCUGAGCCUCAGCGACGGGGAGCAGCUAGUGGACGCAGAGCCGUCUGAUGUUCUCCUGGAGAUCCCACAGGGUUCUCCGACCACAGAGGCCAGUCCGGUGUUAGAACUCUCUCUGGGAUCACUGCACGAGUCAAUAAAGAAACAGCUGAGUGAAAUGGCAGAGAGCGGAGAAGCUUCUGAGAACUGCUUCUACAUUUGAAACCACACCUUGAACAGUCGCACCACCGCAAAGUCGCAGAAUCAGACGGAUUGAAGAAGUUUGUCAUGCAAAAGUGUGAGAUAGACGUAUUUCAACACAUCCUGUAUUGACAUUCACCAGAAAGGAUUGUUAAAAUUUAGACCGAGACUUGCUCACAACUAACAAAUCUGUUUACAGCAGAGAAAAGAACAAUUUGCCAAGUGUCAAUCUGAGUUCAGUAUGUGUGUUAUAAGGACUCUGAGGUUAUUUUCUUGGUGUAAAGUAGAACUUUUCUUAGAAUUCAGUGUAAUGUAAGUCAUGCCUCUUGCAAUGUGACAUGUAAAUACAAAUAUAAAUACUGUAUGUAUUUGUUCAUUGACAUUACCUUAAUAAAGGUAUACAUUUAAAAUAUUUUGCACAUAAUUUGCUUCAGAAACACCUUUUUGGUGUUUUUUUGUUAUAUCUUGGCACAGUGGACAACACUACUUACAUGGACUGUGCAUAUGAACCAUACAGUAGAGCUGCAUGACAGUUCUGGUUCAGCGCCCUUUGUUGUCUGCCAUGAAUGUAGCAAGAUGAAGGAAGGGCUCCUCAAGUGCUGAGAUGUCAGCCCUGCUCCUUUUCACUAUAAUAUUCAUCAGUUUAAUAAAAAGUAAUAAUUAAAAGAAA